CUCUAACUAUAUUUCAGAGGUUUUUCACUGAAGCUGUUGUUUUACACGAUAUCCUUAAAGAUGGAUGAUAAGGAAUGUGUAACGUGGUCCAUAAUGAAACGAUGCGGUGUGUCCCCAACACUUGUUGAACGGUGAUUAUACUGCAUUAUGGCUUGCCGGAGCGGCUGCUGUUGUGGCUUCGGUCCUUUUAACGAAGACAACGCAAGGUUCCUGAUGUUAGCGGUAUUCAUAGUCCUUUACCUCUUCUGCGGUGCCGCUGUCUUUUCAGCACUGGAACAGCCAAUGGAAGAGGAGGCGAAAGAACGCUGGGUACAACGAUUUGAACAGUUCAGUCUAAAGUAUAACCUAAGCAAGAAAGAGCUAGACAACUUCUUGAGGAACUACGAGGAGGCGAACGUGGCUGGGAUCCGUGUGGACACUAUCAGACCUCGGUGGGACUUCACCGGCGCAUUCUACUUCGUUGGGACCGUGGUCUCGACCAUCGGGUUUGGAAUGACCACGCCAGCGACCAACGGUGGCAAGAUCUUCCUCAUUUUCUACGGCCUGAUUGGCUGCGCUGCCACAAUCUUGUUCUUCAACCUUUUCCUGGAGCGUGUCAUCACCGUCAUCGCCCUCGUCCUCAAGUCCUGCCAUGAGCGACGUCACCUCCACAAGGCCGUGCUUCCUCAAAAUGGCGGCCGGCGCUUCUACGAGGGAGGCGGCGGAGGCAGUAGAGGGGAGGGGCUGGCCGGGUGGAAGCCUUCGGUAUACUGUGUGAUGUUGAUCCUGGGUGCUGCCGCCAUCUUGGUCUCCUGCUGUGCGUCCGCCAUGUACUCUGCCGUCGAAGGCUGGGGGUACCUCGACUCGCUCUACUAUUGCUUUGUGGCAUUCAGCACCAUUGGCUUUGGGGACAUGGUGAGCAGCCAGAGGUCAGCGUAUGGCGAGGGAAACGAGAACCAGACAGCGUAUCGGCUGGGCAACUUCCUGUUCAUCCUGACAGGAGUCUGCUGUAUCUACUCCCUUUUCAACGUCAUCUCCAUUGUCAUCAAACAGGUGCUGAACUGGCUGUUGAGGAGCCUGGAGCGCCCAUGUUGUUGCCCAGGUCGGGUGGCCCACCACCCACACCACAGACAACCCCGGAGGAAUGUGGUGGUACCCGGACACCUCAGGGCCAGACGGGACCUCUCCAUCGAGACAGACACGGUGAACGAGAGUGAGGCGGAUGGACGGAGGAUGUCUGGCGAGAUGAUAUCCAUGAGAGAUUUUCUGGCUGCCAAUAAGGUGAAUUUAGCCAUAAUGCAGAAGCAGCUGUCAGAGAUGGCGAAUGGUCACCCUCGCCAGUCAGGCACCAGCUCCCGCCACAACGGGUUCUCCGAAGGGGUGGGCGCCCUGGGCAUCAUGAACAACCGCCUGGCAGAGACCAGUGUAGACAGAUAGGCCAGACAGACUGACCAGAGACAGACUGGCCUGACGGAGAGACCAAUGGGGAAAGGUACACUGGCCAGACCAGCACAAUGGACAUACAGCACCAGUCGGAUGGAUAGACGGUCACGACAGACAGGCUGGCCAGAGAAAGCACCUUCAGAAAAGAUAUUGGUCUCAAUGACACACAGUCAAAUAAAUUAACCAAUCCUCCAGCUCUCUCUUCCAGGAAAAUAUUUGACUUCAUGGAUUACAGCCUGACCAGACCACAUCAAUUCAGAAUAUAUAAUAUAUUAAUAUUACCAUAAUGUAUUCAUCUAGCACAUCCUACAAAGCUGUUGAAAUGCAGUGGUAUUCAGUGUGCAAAAAAGUUAGCCGCUUAACUAUAGAG